AUGGGCAAGAGUAUAACACCAGCCAAGGUGCUGCUCUUGGCGGCAUACCUGGCAGCCCAAGGCGACAUUGACAAGCUAGCUUCUCUUGCGCUCCAUAACGCCCAUGUUUUGCACAUAGAAAUUCUACUGCGCGUUAUUCUUACCUAUCUCCCAGAGACAGCCGAGCCAUGCGCUUACACCGAAUUUUUGCGUGAUCUUUCAGACGGCCAACUACGAGCCCCGGCCCAUUUCGAGCUAGAUACCUCCUCGGUCGACAUACUGAACGAUGAAACUGCGGUCAAAAAGGCUAAGAAGCUUCAUCUGCUUCCAUUAUACAGAGAGAAUGCGGAAAACGGCAAAAACGACGAUCUUGUCCGAGAUUUCAUUUUCCAAAGAGCGUACAGAAUCAAUGCAGAAGUGGGUGCCCUGUCGCAGCUCGUGGAUCUUCUCCGGCCAUUCCUUGACAAAGACCCUUCUUUAAACCACUGGGCUGCAUCUACGGUGUUGCCGUUCGUGAGACGGAGCUGCGAGUACCACACAAGUGAUUCACCCGAGUACUCUCUGUCCGAAUUUGAGAAUUUACCGGACCGGACCGCGGCGAGAUUCCUACUUCCCGACUCCACUGAAGAAGAUGGAGAGGCAAUUGGGCGAGAUCUCCGAGGUUUGAUUGCACCAUGGUUGCAUAAUGAAAGGCGCUGGAAACAUGAGAAUGCACCAGAGAGCGGCAUCGGGCUAAGCUGUCCGGGGUGGGAACAAGUUCAAGAUAUUAUACUUUCAUGGGCAACGAAAUCAUGGACUAGUGUGUCUGGUGCAAUCUGCCACUGGGAGGGACCACGCGACAUAUAUUUCGGCGAACAUCUCACGAUGAGCCUUUCCGAGGAUAAAGUCCAAUAUCUGCUUAAGACGUACGCUACCACGGCUGUUGCCUGUGUAUACAGCGUCACUGAGUCAAGCGAGGACGCUCUACGAAGUUCAUAUAGAGUGUGCUGCAUAACGCGCAAGAGACUUGAUGACGCGGAGUCAUUCUUCACCCUGGAGGAGAUCAUGUCAGACUUUACGCUCCUGCCAGCCUUCAAAACGAUACUCGGCGGCGACCCUUCAAUGUCCGCCUUUAUGCGCCAUGACUUGUUGAAGACAUCAAACCCCCUCACUUCAGCAACGCCAGAAGCUCUGAAAUUGAUUACGGCGCUCACAAUCAGUGCGUUUGUUUCCACGAGCUUGGGUGUGCCCUGGUCUGUACGGAAAGCGGGAGACCUACUGUUCAUUGGGGAUGAGAGAGAGCAAAAAGGGGAACUCAGCAAAUUGCUUCGAGCUAUAGCCGAUCGAAAUCUACGCAAUGAUGAUACCUGUUGGAAGCGUUCAAGAGAAGCCAUCCUGUGGCUAUCUGAUUGGGGGUCGAAAGCUAAAAAUACAGGACUGUCGUCGCACAGUUGUGGGCCUCUGGGCAUGGUCUCCAGAGACCAUAUCGAGACUGAAAUUCUAAAGACUUUGCUUUCCAAGUCAAGAUACUCGUUAUCAAAGGAAUUGUAUGAAAAUGCCAAAGAGCCGCCACUGGCUCGAGAUGUGCUACAAGAUGCUGUCUACCAUUCUGCUCUGAAUGCUUUUGACAAUGCAUCAAAUCCUAAUAGGACUCGCGGCGGGCUGAAGAAAUGCGACGAGAUAAUUCAUACGUUUCCAUCCAUGCUCGGGAAGACUUCCCCGACAGUCAAACGAGUAGAGGCUCUCCUGAGAGCCAGCCACGCGCUGAGCGACUACCGUCUUGUUCUCAAGCAGGGCGAGCCCUUCAGCCCGGUUGUACUCCGGGUACACUCUGACCCGAUCAUCAUCAUAGAGAAGGUGCUAAACCAAAAUCCGAAAGCCUAUACACGCCUACAGGAGUUUUUGGAAAUGGGAUCCAACAUGGUGUAUGCUGGCUUGACUUCACCUGGAUCGUCGAUCAGGCCAGCAGUAACGUCGCUAGAUGUUGAGCGGGGACUAUUUGUUGCCGAGAAGCGGAUAGUGGCCAUGUGCAUUGAAGCGGCAUUAAAUGAGGAAGAUUUUGAAACUGCUUACUCGUAUGUUGUGAGCCGAGUUGGGAAGGCAACGACUACCAGACUGGAUCAAGCUAUUACAAUGCCCGACGCCUGGUCUUGGACGGCAGCAUUGAAAGCCGGACAGUACAUUCGGACAGAGCGGUCACAACAGCCUACUCACCUGGGAACAGCCAGUGGCAAUCUUGAAAUAAGGCACCUUGAACAGAGAAUCGAGUGUCUGGCUACGGCAAUUCGCGCUGCUCCCCCGGCAGAACUCCAGCAGAUAUUAAAGAGCUUCAGGAGAUGCGAAGAGCAGCUAGAUUCAGCAAUCAGGGAAGAAGCUGCAAAUGAGGCGGCCUGGGAUGCUGCGGGAGACUUCAGCGCAUUGCCAGGUAACUUCGAUCCCGCGGUUCAGCGACCGGGCCAAUCAACUCGCAACAUGACUGCUAGUACAGCGGCAAGGCAGGGAGAGGAGGCACCAAUGUCGCUGUUUGAUCUGUCUCGAGCCACUGCAAGAAUCGCGCAACGAAACUUCACUGCUCUGCCCAGUCUUCAAGGUACGUCGUCAGCCGCCGAAAGCCAUGCUCCAUUGCAAGAGCAAACCGAAUCUCGUACAAGGAAACGGGAUCAACUUCGAGAAGCUGCUACCGGGACGCUUGUAUCUGGUGUUGGUUGGCUUCUUGGUGCGCCUGUCAAUGGAGGGAGCGCCGGUAACGAAUGA